CUUUUUUUUAAAUAAAGUCAAAUGACCUUAUCUACACGACUUCUUCAUACUUAAUCUUAUCACUGGUUUCUAAAAAUAGGAAUCAUCUUUGAUUUACUAACUUCUAAAAGAAAAUCAAGACAAUAUAUCAUUGUCAGAGUUGUACCCCACUUCAAUGUUAACUGAUAAACUAUUGGCCAUCUCAGUUGAAAUUCUUUUACAUUGAACCAUCAACUGUGUGUGUGUGGUUACUUACCCUCUUACCAUGAACAACAUCUUCAAGAUCAUGCUUCAGACUCGUUCUUUAACUCAUUUCAGAUCAUCCCAUCACAUAUUUUCCCGUAAAAUUUCUAACUUUACUAAGGAUCCAGACAGAGGAUCAUGGGAAUCAACUGAGGGUCUCCUUCAUUGCUCUGCAAAUUCUGUUCCUUUAUCGCCUAUCAACUUCUUGGAGAGAGCAGCAAAGGUUUGCAGAGACAGAACAUCUCUUGUCUAUGGUUCCUUGACCUAUAAUUGGGGUCAAACUCAUCUACGUUGUCUCAAACUCGCUUCUUCUCUUGCCAAAUUAGGGAUUUCUCGUGGAGAUGUGGUUGCUACACUAGCCCCUAAUGUUCCUGCAAUGUACGAGUUGCAUUUCGCAGUACCAAUGGCUGGAGCCAUUCUUUGUACCCUUAAUUCUCGCCUAGACGCAACUAUGGUUUCAGUCCUAUUAGAGCAUUCACAAGCGAAGAUCCUUUUUGCAGACUACCAAUUACUUGAAAUUGCUCAGGGAGCAUUAGACUUGCUUCGCAAAAGAGGAACGGUAUUGCCUAUUAUAGUCGUAAUUACUGAUUCUGAUUGCUCAUCUACUGUCGACAAUACAUCCACUAAUUACGAGUAUGAGAAGCUAAUGGAUGUUGGCCAUACUGGUUUUAAUAUUGUGAAACCGCAGAACGAAUGGGAUCCUAUAAGUAUAAAUUACACCUCAGGCACCACAUCAAGGCCGAAAGGAGUUGUCUACAGUCACAGAGGUGCUUAUCUAAACUCUCUAGCAACAGUUCUACUCUUUCAAAUGAACAUAUUUCCUGUUUAUCUUUGGAAUGUUCCGUUGUUCCAUUGCAACGGUUGGUGUCUCCCUUGGGGUGUAGCCGCUCAACUCGGCACAAAUAUUUGUUUAAGGAAAGUUUCUCCAAAGGACAUAUUUGACAAUAUAGUUCAGCAUAAGGUGACACACAUGGGAGGAGCACCUACAGUGCUCAACAUGAUUGCGAAUUCUGCGUCAACUCAUAGAAAGCCAAUCAAUCACAAGGUUUUAGUGAUGACAGGAGGUUCUCCUCCACCGCCGCAGAUCCUUUCCAAGAUGGAGGAGAUUGGUUUUAGUGUUUCUCAUCUCUACGGUCUGACAGAAACAUACGGCCCAGGGAGUUUUUGUGCGUGGAGACCUGAGUGGGACAUGUUGCCUCCGGAAGAAAGAUCGAAGAUGAAAGCUAGACAAGGUGUGCCUCAUGUAGGAUUGGAGGACAUUGAUGUCAAAGAUUCUGAUACUAUGGAAAGUGUUCCGGCCGAUGGAAAAACAGUUGGCGAGAUAAUGUUUAAAGGAAAUACAGUAAUGAGUGGAUAUUUUAGAGAUUUGAAUGCGACGAAAGUAGCUUUCAAAGAUGGAUGGUUUCAUAGUGGGGAUCUUGCUGUGAAACAUUCUGAUGGUUACAUAGAAGUAAAGGAUAGAUUGACGGAUAUAAUAGUCUCUGGAGGAGAAAAUAUUAGCUCGGUUGAGGUAGAAACCGUUUUGUAUAGUCAUCCGGCUGUUGAUGAGGCCGCAGUUGUUGCCCGGCCGGAUGAUCAUUGGGGUCAAACUCCUUGUGCUUUUUUGAAACUUAAAGAAGGGUUUGAUGCAGAUGAUCAAGAGAUAAUUGCAUUUUGUAGGGAACGUUUGCCUCAUUACAUGGCUCCCAAAACAAUCAUUUUUCAAGAUAUGCCAAAGACUUCUACAGGGAAAAUACAAAAGUAUAUUCUAAGGGAGAAAGCCAAGGCUCUGGGAAGUAUAUCCAUAACCAGCCUCUCUGAUUGUGACAAAAAAAGAAGUUCAACAUGAAAUUUCAAUUUUAUUUUAACAAAUGUGGUUGAAUGAUGAAUGGAAGAUUCACAAUGUAGAAAAAUAUAUGAUACAAGAUUUCCACACAUACAAUAGCUCGAAGUAGAUCUUUGAUUGCAUACUGAACUAGCAUAAUCAGCAUCCGUGUAUAUCUUCAUAGUUAGAUUUCCAUCUCUUUUGAACAAGAGACCUCUUCCCGGUGUGACUUUGAGAUAAUGUAGAAUUCGGUCCACAACUUGCAAAUUUCUUGCCCUUGGAUCAUGCUUGA